UUCGUCGCCAGAUUACAAUCAUGUUUCAUUCUAUCUAGCGACUUCAGAGUGUUUGAGAACAACGUAAUCAACCUCACCUGCAGAUUAUGAUGGAUGUUAGCGUAUGACGUAAAAAGCGACAAAAUACGGAGGUGAAAACGUGCGAGAUAAAGAACAUCUAAGAAGGAAAAAAAAAAUACGAAACAUCAAGAUAGUGGUUGAAGUUGAAAAUAUGAGUAUUGUAGCAGUGGUUUUGCUGUCCAUUCUAGAUGUGAUCGCUACUCUAACCAACACAGCUAUUCUAUGUCUUGUAUUGCCAAGAACAUGUAUGCGAACUGUCAGUAACCUGUUUCUUGUAGGUCUGUCAUUGACACAGUUUUUGAUGACGGUCUUGGUUAUACCAUUCUCGAUUGUCACUUUCUCGCAACAGUCAUGGAAGUUUGGUGAAGGAUUUUGCCAAUUUCAGGGAUUUUUUACCAUUUUUCUUUCCAUUUCCUCUGCCACAUUUAUUUCUGUUAUAGCAGUGGACAGAUAUUUUUCACUGGCUAACCCGAUGAGCCAUACGGCCAGAGUUACAUCGACACAUGUCCUAUUUACUUCGAUAUUCAACUGGUUUCGCGCUACGUUCUGGGCAGCUUUUCCCCUCUAUGGGAUCGAUGGACUUAACUACAAAUUCGUUCCUUCGAUUAAUGGUUGCAGAAUCCGUUUGGAUCUUAAAGGUUCGUAUUAUAUUUACUAUUAUUUUAUCGCCAUGGAGAGUUUCCUUCUCCCGUCCCUCACAAUGUGUAUAAUGUAUUUCAAGAGCUUUCAAACCGCGCGAAAUAGCGCCCGUCAAGUUCGACCAGGGAAUAUCCAAAUCCAAGUUUUACAGAAUGGCGAGUUCACCUCUGUAACACGAACAAACAACAGUUUUCAACGUCUGAAAGCGAAUUUCACCUUGGCGCUCAUCAUUGGGUCAUUCUUGCUGACAAGAGGUCCGUUGGCGAUUUUUAACAUCGUUACCAACUUGACUAGUGAAGGAUAUUUUUCCCCAUUUACGGAAACGACUGUGUAUUUUAUGGUAUUUUUAGGUCCUUUACUAGAUUCCCUUGUAUAUGUCUUGCUCAACCGAAAGCUGCGAAAAGAGGCUUUUCUUAUUCUGCGUAAGUGUUUCAUAAAAAGAUCAGAUGAAGAAGAACCCAAAGACAUUGUUGAUUAUUUGAGAACGCUUACUGAUAAUUAUGUUUCUACAAGAAAUUCAUCCACAGAAACUGAGGAACCGUGAAAGAUUGAUGAAAAUGGAAUCGGGAAAUCCAUUUGGUUUCAGUGAACCUGCCAUCUCCUGUAAAUCUGAAGAUUAGCAUUAAGCAAAAAACAGCGAUAGGAAAUCACUAAUGCCAUUAAAACAAGGGCGAGAAAGAAAUUUAUAUCCUUGGAUUACAAACUUUUUUGUUACCUAUUUUUUAAAAUGUGCUUCAACAAACUACUAUAAAAUUUAUCACAUCCCAUUCUUAUGUUAAUAUUCCUUCUCGAUUUUCUGUUUCAAAAAUGUUAAAUCUAUCUUAAUGGAAAAAGAUUAAAAGCUUGCCUAUUGGUAUAUGCGGGAAAGCCUCUAUAUCUCAUGCAUAAUUGUAAAAUAGGAAAUGUGAUAAUCCUCGGCUAUUAUCGAGAAACUGUGUUUAUAAAUGCGAGAAUUACUUCUGGAUUCCGUAAUGGAAUAAAAAAUUAACUUGAAAUAGACUUUUUUCCAAUCAGUGAAAAUGUCUUAGCGAUUUAUAAAUAGUCCAUAAAUUACUUUCUGAAAAUUUCCUGAGUACGAAUAGUUAGACUGUCAUUUUAACGAUCAGUUCUUGAAUAAUAUCGCUUAAAUCUUACGCUCGUCCUUCAUGCGCACAUUAAUUCAUAAUUCCGGCUUCUAUUUUUCAAACCGGACUCAAACAGCUGGGAAUUAAUUCUAUUUUUUGAUGAAAUCAAUAGCGAAUAAAUUUACCGACUCUAUAUGUAAAGCAUAGCAAUCAUCAGUGAAAUAUUAAUUAUAAGAGAAAAUCAAUUUGAUUUUUACGUGCUUUUUUGUGUGUACAAAUUAAUUUGAAGUUUGAUUGUAUCAGGUCGGUGACAAGUGCAAAUCCUGUGAGCGAUUUCUUAUUCUGCGAUCUAGUAAAAGACAAGUAUUUACCCUUGUCGCAUCUGAUGACACGUUCUUGGCAUAGAAAUUUCAAUUUUGUGCAAAUGGAUCAACUUGUAGUCUAUAUCUCAGUGGCGAUUUCCU